AGGGCGCCCGCGUAAGGGGAGCAAAGGGAAAAAAACCGGUCACAUUUCUCCGGCACCUGAAAACGUGCUAGUUAUUUCAGGACGCGUGUUGCUUAUUGAUGAGCGGGGGUGUGUUUAAACUACUUGUAGCCAUGGUAUCAUGGUGACUGUACAAGUGGUUCAGUGUCACACAGCCUCUGGAGGAGACGCACACAGACUCUCAGCAGGACCUUGAACAUUUCUUUUUACCUCUCGACAACAACUCGUCUGUGGGAUACUCUCUCCAUGAGUCUUUCGCCUGCUUCUACCAGACUACUCUGAAAGAGGCUUUAGAUAUUACCAGAACUGAGCGAACCAAGACAAAUCUAUCUACUCGGGAACAUGGACAACAGCCCAGGUGGUGGUGUCAUCCUCUAUGCCGGCUCCUCUGGCAGUGCCAGCCCAAGUCCUGGCAGCCCCUCCAGUGGAUACCAGACACAGUCACCCUCCUCCCACUCGCAGCCCUCGUCCCCAGAGGGUGUUUCCUUUCAGGAGAUUGGGGCCAUGAGACAGGGAGGGGAACAAAGGAGAGGGACGCCUUCCCCGAAAAUGGUCUUCCAGUUUCCCGAGGUGAACAAUGCUCCAGCUGCCCACGUUGCAAUGGUGUCAUCAGCAACCUACAACCACCCCACGGUGGCCAAAAGACCUUGUGGUUUUACUGGCACUUUCCCAAAAACUGGAGGGAUGGUGCUUCUAUGCAAGGUGUGCGGUGACAUCGCAUCUGGGUUCCAUUACGGUGUCCAUGCCUGUGAGGGCUGCAAGGGUUUCUUCCGACGCAGCAUUCAGCAGAAUAUCCACUACAAGAUGUGUGUGAAGAAUGAAAACUGUCUCAUCAUGCGCAUGAACCGAAACCGAUGCCAACACUGCCGCUUUAAGAAGUGUCUCUCCGUGGGCAUGUCCAGAGAUGCUGUGCGUUUUGGCCGUAUUCCCAAACGAGAGAAGCAAAGACUAUUGGAUGAGAUGCAGAGCUACAUGAACAGUCUAAAUGAAUCAGCCUCCAUGGAGAUGGAGGUGUCACCUCCCUCCGACACCCGCUGCAGCCCACAGAACCAGACGAACGAAGUAGCGGGCUCCAUCAGGCAGUCAUACCAAAGCGGCUUAAUCAACAGCGAGAAGAAACCUCUCAAGAGGCCAGCCAGCAACAGCAACCACGGCACCUCUUUCCAGAACAAUCCGGUUCAGGAAAGCUCCCCACUACACACAACGGCGAAUGCACAGCACACAUUCCAGAGGGAUCUGACGUCAGGAUACAAUGUCCCCUCAAAGUGCCCCGUCGCCCCCACCAAUAAUGACAACACCAUCAAUAACAACAUCAAUGUGUCCAAGUACAGCUUCACCAAUCAGAAUCAGUGUCCAGUCAGUCGGAACAUUUCGCCUCAGCCCUAUGCACCCAGUCAAAAGAUUGAUUCCCAGAAUCAAAACUCCUGUCCUUGGAAGCUAAAUGGUGGAGCCAAAGUGCUGGCAUGUCCACUCAAUUCUUGUCCGGUGGCUCCAGCCAGUCGCUCCAGUCAGGAAGUGUGGGAGUCUUUCUCGCAGUGCUUUACCCCAGCUGUCAAAGAAGUAGUGGAGUUUGCAAAGAGCAUCCCAGGCUUCCAGACCUUAAGCCAACAGGACCAAGUCAUGUUACUCAAAUCUGGCACAUUCCAGGUGUUGAUGGUGAGAUUCUGCUCAUUAUUUGACGCCAAGGAGAGGAGUGUAACCUUCCUAAACAGGCAGACAUACUCCCUGGCGUCACUACGAGCACUGGGCAUGGGCGUUUUACUGGAUGCCAUGUUUGACUUCAGUGAGAAGCUAGGAUCUCUUGGUUUGGAGCCAGAUGAGAUGGCGCUUUUCAUGGCUGUUGUGCUGGUUUCAGCUGAUCGCUCUGGUAUAGUGGAUAUGGGAGCAGUGGAACAGCUGCAAGAGAACCUCAUAAAAGCCUUGCGCUCGCUCAUCACAAGUCGCAGACCGGACGACAGCACCCUCUUCUCAAAGCUGCUGCUCCGUUUGCCUGACCUGCGGACCCUGAACAACCAGCACUCUGAUAAGCUUUUAGCAUUCCGCAUAGAUCCUUAAACAAGCACAAGGCCAAUGUCCUACUACGAUGCCUUGCUUUCGGGGAGCUUCCUUGCUUCCCAUUCAUUUAGCCACAGACACUGGCCUCUGCAUGACGGACUGAGUGUGAUGCUGUAAGAGAGGGGGCAAUGAAACAUAUCACUAAGGGAUGGGGGCUCAGCAGGAGGCGAAAGCCCUUGAACUCGACUGAUCUAUUGCUUCCAAACUGUCAAAAAGUACAUGAACUGAGUUCUUCCUUGGUUGGUUCAAGUCACCUCCUUUCCUGUUGUUCUUCACUUGGUCCUCCCAACCCACAAGGCAGCCAAGUACACACUCCAACCCAGAUGCAAGGAGUCUGUACACACCUUCACCAAGGAUGACGUUUGACUCUGCAUCCAGCCAGUAUAAAGUCCUUCUGUAGAAGUGACACAAAAGCUAAAUGAGUGGUCUAUGUGCUCCCUGUUAAAAUGAUGAUUUGCUUUUUUCAUGUCAAUAUUAAAUCACCCGAUUGUGAUUGAGAGAUGUAUAAAAUUUUUAAGAAAUGAGAAUAUUGUGUUGGUAUAUGUGCAAAUCAGGGAGAACUUAUUGGUCAUUUUGACCGAGUAUGAUAGGUUUAAGACAUUUUCUGUACAUUUUUGUAAAUAUGCUUGGUCGGUACUCAUGGUAGUUUGAAGACUUGUGGAUAUGUAAAUGAAGUUGUUAAGUAUUGUAUUAUGCCAGCAUCAUUAAUACAUUAUAAUAUGCUCUAUAGACUGCAACAUGAAGCAGCCUUUGAACCAUGCACUCUUUUUAUUUGAAAAUAUAUGAAAUAUAUAAAAAUAUAUUGUCAACUGACUGCAUCACCUUGUGUAUAUUUUUUAACUGUUUUGUGGUUACACCAUAGAGUACUAUUAUUAAAUAAUGUUAUAAAGCA